GGAGAUUUGAGAAGCGAGCAGAAGCAGCCGCAAGCUCGGAGGGAGCGUAACCCGAAGGAGCUCAAUAUCUUCUCGGCCCGCGCGAGGAUUGAAAUUAUUAUUAUUUAAUUUCUCUCCUUUUAAUCGGUUCUCCGAAAGGCCUGUCGAGGCUCCUGAAACCGGACGCGAUUUUAAGGCCCUCGCUCGACCGCUGUCUUUCAUUCCUUCGCGCCAGUUCGUCGCGGAGACAAAGCAACGACGUAACUCCGCGCCACUGCCAUCUGCAUUUAAAAGCCAAUUAGUUUCCUCGGCAAAUAACUCGCGACGGGGAAAUAAGCGAGAAACGAACAGCCGCGGGGAAGUGCAUGCGUUCGAUCGCCACGGAACCGCGUCCUCUCGUUCGACUCUCAAUCGCCAAAAAGUUUUUAUUACGCGCUUGGAAAGUGCACAUGAUACGGUGAUUCGGAAGCAUGACGACCAACUCCUCGCGACUCGUUUCCGUUGCCACUGUCCUAGUGAUUUUAGCCGCUAUCGUCAAACAGGGCGAAGCGAUAAUCUGCUACCAGUGCAACAGUGCGUUCGACCCCCGAUGCGGUGACCCCUUCGAUCCGUACAGUCUGGGCACGGUGAAUUGCAGCUUUCAACCGAGGCUGGAACAUUUGGGUCAUCUCGAGCCGACUUUGUGUCGUAAAAUAGCACAAAAAGUCUAUGGCAAAUUGCGGGUGGUGCGAGGCUGCGGCUACAUUUCGGAGGCGCGAGACAACGGACUGUGCGUGAGGAGAACGGGAACUCACGACGUGAUGGCUCAUUAUUGCGCGUGUACCGGCGAUUUGUGCAACGGAGCGAUCGGCAAGCUGCCAUCCUCCGUGACAACGGCAAUAUUCCCAAUGAUUCUUCUCCUCCUGAAAAUAUAGAAAAAUCGUUGGGUCGUCGGUAUCGAGUAACUCGGGAAGGAGGUCCGAGGCCGAGCGCCUCGGAUCGAGGGACGCGCGUACGAAUCCGACAUUCCGUUGUGUUUUUUCGUUUGAUUUUCUCCCCCGGAAUAACGAUCGACAGCAGUGGCAAAACUUUGCGGGGACUCCCGAGCGAUAUUCCGGGAGCUCCCGUUCCCCCCGGCUUCGAGGCGGGGAAAUUGGUGAAGCUUGGAAUCGCGAUCGGAGUGAACGGGGACGUCAAUUUGGAGAGUCGAAAAAUCAGCCCAGUCACUGCUUUCGUUCGUUCAAACGAGCCUGAUUUUUCGAGAUUUUCAUUGCGAGGAAAGCCUCGUCGUGAUAACGCAACGCGGAAACUAACGGGCCAUUAUUCACUGCUGGAAUUUCAGCGGGAAAAUUAGCCUCGCUGGCAAUUAACACUCGCGACGAAUCCCUCCAGGCUCAUACCCUAAAACGCUUACAAACGUCCCGAGAUCCGCGUUCUCUAAAAACUGUUCGACUCCGGUGAUAAAGUUAUCAAAAAUAGGAGAAAAGGCGCGAAGAAUUCGGAGGAAAAUAUCACGACGAGAGAGAGAGAGAGAGAGAGAGAGCCGGUGAAAGAGCGAGUCAACCGACGUCAUCGCGCUCGUUGAAUCAAGGUCAUAUCACGAUUACGAUUAAAAUACCAGUUUCUUCGUACACGCAUUAUAUCCAUCGGAGUAUUUUUAAUAAUCGCGACCGCACGUGUUUUAGCAGUAAUUCUCAAAUCGAAGAGGUCUCUCGUAGCUGUAGGUACUAGGAAUACUUAUAAAGCGUCAAUCUUCUAAGUAGAGUAUGAUUUUUAAUGUUAAACUUAGUCACCGACGAGGAGAAGAAGCUGCUAAAUUUCUUGUUGAAAAAUCAAACUAGAAACGGAGCUCUCGCGUCCGGAUUAAAGUCUUCGCACGCGGAUCUCGACGAUCCUUCGCGAGUAGCUAGAAGAACGAACAACUUGGAAAUUGGUACGAGAUAAAUGUGGAAUGGGAGCUGCUGUUGUCGCUGAAUGGAAACUAAAUGAGAAAGCAGCUUCGAAGACUUUUCGUUUUACUUCUGGCGGUUCGAACGAUUCGAGAUUUAUUUGUUCGCCGCGUCGACGGAAUUCCCCUUGGAAAUACUUCCCCAUGGUUCAGCGUCGGUCGAUCCUUCGAUCGACGAAAAAAAUAAUCUCACGAUCGCUCCGCACGAUGACUCGUGGAGUCGAGAAACUGCCAUUAUACGCUCACGAUUCGACGUAUCGGAGACGCCACACAUUAGCAGAAAUCUCGCGAGGCUCCCUGACUGCGCAUAGAAGCAAAUUUCCGCUUUCCUACGAGCCGAAUUUUCUGGCAUUUGGAGCUCUUGCGUUGCGAUUUUUGCACGGAAGGACAAAGUAGUCGCACCGACUAUCAACACUGACUGACCGUCCACCUUAUCAGAUUGUGGCCUCUGAGCCCACGCCAUAUUACGCGAAGCCUAAAAAGUAAACGUACACGUGACUCUUUAAUCGUACACUUUGUAGAAUAAGAAUAUUCCACUUUCCCUGAUCGAUUGCUGACCAACUCAUUCGCGAGGUUCAAACGAUCUUUUGAGUCGAAAGGCCGAGAGCUCGGGGCAGCUGCGAACGAGGAUCGAUUCACUGGCAGCCAAAGUUUAGUUGGAGUCUUUGCUUGGACGGACUCGAGGUUGGUCCGUUGAGCCAACGAUUUUUCGGGGCUUCGACGAAGCUUUGGAAGUUUUGGGAAAAAUCUUGGAGAUUUGGCCCCUGGAGGCAAGCACGAGGAUCUCGUCCGCGCAAAUUUUCCAACGAUUAAGAUUCCUGCGGAGCUUGGAUUCGAAUAGGAAACAAUUGAAUCGCUACAAUUAGCAACGAAUCGGGGCUCUCGUGAUCGAGCUCGAGGAGCUCGAGAGCAAGGGAUUGAAAAAGUGAAAUUUAGUAUCUUGGUAUUCGAGAAUGCGAAGUUGAGCACUUGAUAUUCAAGCGAGGAGAAAAUCGCGGAGUAUUUUGGUAGACAAGCCUCCCAUGGAAAAUGGUGGUGAGGUCGAAGAGCGAGUUUUUGGGGGGUUGUCGAGUCGAGAUAGGAACCGCGACCCAUUUCCGAUGAUUUCGUACUUUUGUCCUCGGAAAAUAGAAUUGAUCGAACGUCGCGAAUUGCUUAAAGUUUCCUGAAUAAUUCGAGUAAAUUUAAGCAGCUUCCUGUACGGUAUAGAAGCUCAAAGCGAGUGUAAAAUUUCGGCGAAAAUGCUAGUAAUCGCUGAAGCAUUGCGAGGGCACGUUUUGUUGGCUCCGUAGGGACGAAUCAUCGGGUGGCAGUGUCUCAUUGAGGAGACGCCACCGCGGACGCUUUAUUUUUUUAAAUCACACUCAUCGAAUAUUAGAGGAUUUUCGUACGCGCGCGUAUUUCUAUAGACUCGUAAUGAAAUGCGGUUUAAUGUUAUUGCGUAUCUGAGUAAAGCUACGGAAACAACCCAAAAUGCCUCAAGUCAGAUCUCGAAGAAAAUAGCGAUCCUUGGCAGCAGAUUUUCCAGACAAAUCGAGCGAAUUUCGGUUUCGUUCGGUUGCCCUUGUAACGGUCGAAAGUGCGCGAGAAAAGUGCGCGAAAGUGCCCUUCAGGAUCCUCCUUUUUUCCCCGCCGCUCUUUUCCUCCUUGUCAGCUUUACGAGAAACCUGGAAAACGAUGUUUUUAAGGAUCGAUAUUUUUUAUCUAAUCAGAUAUUAAAACUAGAAUGAGAGUACAAAAAAUCUAGUGCACCUGUUACAACGAUCGAGUUACGUACGAUUUUAUAAGAAAGCACUUUGAAGCGUGGCGGCCAGAGAUAUCAUCGUGGAAAGAGAUCCUGAGCUCGAAAAGCAACGUCACUUUGAAACAACCGGUCCGAUUUUCCUGAGAGUAAAAAUCCCUCGAAAGCACUGCUGUUCAUUCGGUUGUGAGUUUUCCGAUUGUUUGGCCUCGUCGAAUUAGCUGUGAACUCAAAAAAAUCACGAUAAAAAAUUUGUUCAAACCUUGAACUCGCAACAAGCGGUUGAGAAAUUCUUCAUUUGUUUAGCUCAUUGAAAAACGAAAAAAAAAUUGUUUUUCUAUCGGGGCUUUGGAAACUUGGAAAUAUUGUUGCAUUGCCAAGAUUUUCCUUGAUGAAAAAAGUUCGCGAAAUACGCUCGCGUCUGAGAGAAUUUGAUAAUUGGUGAAAAAAUGAAAACUUAUUUCGGUUAGCUCAUUUGGAGAAAUGGCACAGGCUUUCGAAGAUUCCCCUGCGGUUUGACGCAGGCGCGAAGAAAAAAGUGGUGAAAAGCAUCGACGUGGCAAGCAGCGCCGUACAAAAGGCGAAUGAAAAGACGGCGGCGCUUUGACGAACAGAAAACGAUUAAACUCAUAAAAUCCCAUGAAAACAAGUUGAGCGACAUUUAUUUCAAUGUCGGAGGGGGAGGGGUUAAAAGAGAAAAAAGCGAAGUACAUGCCUUAAUUGAUAAAAGUAGUUUUUACGAAGCCUUUUGAUUGUGGGAUGGAGCGAAUUCUCGGCUGGGUUCCUUCACAACUUGAACUAUUUUAAGAGAAACCGAAAUCAAUAAUAUACGAAUAAUAAGAAAGCGAAAAAAAAAAAAGGAAAAACAAAAAAAGAUAAAACGAUAUCAUAUCACGAUCAAAAUUAGUUUGUAAGGACUUUCAUUGGAAUCUUUCAUAAGAAAUAUUUCAUCGGAGAAUGAAGUUUGAAGGAAGAUUGACGAGCGAUGCAAAGAAUACUAUUGACACGUGGAACAAAAAACUUGCUACUGAUUGGUUACGAAGGAGAAAAACGAUUUUUUUGCUUCUCAUAAGCGUAUCUAACGUUCAAACGCUUCGACAGCUUGCAAACCGACGAUAAAAAUUCACCGGUUAUUUCAUAUUAUUUAUUUUAUUUGCGAAAUUAAUAAUAUAUUGGCGAAAAGAAAAAACAAAUACCGAGCGAAGAAAAUCCUGACAUCAAAUUGUCCUUCCUGUUUCAAGGAUUUCAAAGAAACGUCGCAAUAUUCGAAUAAAAAAAUGUUAUUUAUAAUAAUGAUUGUUAAACUCAUACGACGCAGAAACACUGUGUAUAGAAAUUGUUGUAUCAAUAAAGUAUUCAGUGGUUACCGAAAA